AAAUUAAUGAUCAUGAGCUCGUAUUUGAUGGAGUCUAACUACAUUGAUCCGAAAUUUCCUCCAUGCGAGGAAUAUUCGCAAAAUAACUACAUCCCUGAGCAUAGUCCAGAAUAUUACAGCCGCGCGAGGGACACUGGCUACCAGCAUCAUCACCAGGAGUUAUAUCCACCUCCGCGGGCGAGCUACCAAGAGCGCCAGUAUAACUGUGCAAGCAUCCCAGAACCUGACACGCCACGGGGACAUGGAAUAGCCCACUCUGCGCACCUGCUCUCUGGUAAAGGGCAGCCCGCAUCCUGUGAAACCCCACAGUUGUCCAUGUCCCCUGCCACCCCGCCGGCCGCAACCUCCGCCUGCAACCAAGCCACGCCGGAGCAUCCCAACAGCACAGCGUCCUCCAAGCAGCCCGUGGUGUAUCCCUGGAUGAAAAAGAUUCACGUCAGCACUGUGAACUCGGGAUAUAAUGGGACGGAGCCCAAGCGGUCUCGGACAGCGUACACCCGGCAGCAGGUCUUAGAGCUGGAAAAGGAGUUCCACUAUAACCGCUAUUUAACUCGACGGAGGCGCAUCGAAAUCGCACACACCCUGGUGUUGUCCGAGAGGCAAAUUAAAAUCUGGUUUCAGAACCGCAGAAUGAAAUGGAAAAAGGACCACAGGCUGCCCAACACCAAAGUGCGCUCCUCAUCAUCAUCAGGCUCCAGCUCAGGUUCAGCGGCCGCCGCUGUGACUGCAGCCUCGGCCACUAACUCGAGUGCGGAUGAACUGAGCGCACAGCACGGAGAGGACAUUACCAGGUUAUAAAGCUGCAGCACGACGCCGUGACAGACUCUUAUUUAUAGAACUAUGACACGUUUUGUUUGGUAGCUAUCUUGUGCGGUUUCCUUUAAGUCCAAAGUUAUAUAAAAUGCAUGUUAUAUAGCAUGGAUUACUGCGAAUACCGAUUAAUUAUUUUUACGUGACACAGGGUUUAAUUUAUUUGAAGUUCAAUUAAAAUGUUUUUAUUAAAAUGUUUUGAAUGAAGGAAAAAAGACAAAUUUUAUCAGAAUGUUAUUGUGGGCCAAUCUUUUGCCCUGCUGCCCAAGGUGAAAUGCACAAUCUAUUUAUUUCAAACACUGGAAGCAAAUCAAUAUAAUGAUAGUUAUUUUUGGUAUGAAGCUGAUACACACCAUUGAUCUUGAAGUUAAUGUGUGGUUUACCUCGUGUAUUUCAGAUACUGCCUUUUCAUUUCAGUUUAGUUUUGUGGUGUUGAUGUUGUGUUUAGACCGUUUAUUGUUAAAUACAAUGGACGGGGUUUAGUGUAUUUGUGCUAAUCAUACUGGUCAAUAAAACCGUGUGUGUCUACUUGUUUUAAACCCGUUUGCCGUAGCUUUAUUCCAGGCAGGAUGAGGUCUGCUGGGGUUGGCUUGUUGACCACUUUAACCUGGGAUUAUCUCCUACUGUUACAUCUACUGCAGGAUACAUCAGGGUAUACAAGAGUUAAUUAUGGACUCGUUUUUUCUGUAUUAAAUUUAAAAUGAAGUAGUUGCUCAUCAGUCUGAGGGGCAUUCAAUUAGCGCUUAACACAGCCCAUUGAGGCCCAUACUCCGCCACUAAAACAAGAGCUGCAUGUAUUGAAAGAACAUUGUGAUAAUUUGUUGUAAUAUAUUUUUUAAAUUCUAACCAUAGUCACUGUCCUGCUUUUGUAGACGGAUUUGACGUGUAAAAUAAAAUUAAA